AAUUCUCUCUUAUUUGGCUUAUUCCUUCUUAAUCGACUAGAUUAGUGGUAGUAUCUGCAUCCGGUUCGAUUUCAAAUGUCGGGAAGAGGAAAGGGAGGCAAGGGAUUGGGCAAGGGAGGUGCGAAACGGCACCGUAAGGUCCUGAGGGAUAACAUCCAGGGCAUCACGAAGCCGGCGAUACGGCGUUUGGCUCGGAGGGGUGGAGUCAAGCGUAUCAGUGGUCUCAUCUACGAGGAGACUCGCGGAGUCCUCAAGAUCUUCUUGGAGAACGUGAUUCGUGACGCCGUCACUUACACAGAGCAUGCCCGUCGCAAGACUGUAACCGCCAUGGACGUCGUUUACGCCUUGAAGAGGCAGGGACGUACUCUCUACGGCUUUGGCGGCUGAAGAAAGAGAGGGGGUUAGGGAAUGAUUGUAGUUGUUUUGGUUUUAGCGCGCUGUUGCGAAAAUUGAUCAUGUGGUAGUGGUAUAUCUUUUCGAAAUAGGCGGGUUGGGUCACUGGGUAAGACUUUUAGGGUUAGGGUUGGGAAUUACGGAUGUUAAAAAAUGUUAAUUUUUUCAAAACUGUUUUAAGAGGGAUUCCUGAACUAGCUCUUCCCUUCAAUUUCUCCUUUGUGGUUAUGUGGUUUAUUUUACGUCUGAUGCCAUCAUCUAGUAGGAUAUCUCCACUUGAUUAA